AUGGUCAGGCUCCUUGAAGGGACGAUCAUAGGCGGAAGAGAGCUACCUGGGCUUUUGGUAAAUGAAAUUUUGGUAAAUGAAAAAAUUGUCGUGGCAUAUAUUCUGAAGAAACAUUUCUACCUUACCACCAUGAAGGAAUUUCUUGAAAACAGAAAGCAUAUGAGUAAAAAGGUCCAAGUGAUCUAUUUGUGGUGUCACAAAUCAGUCAUUGACCAAGAGCUCCUCCAAAGCCUGCCGAACUUGAAAGUGAUUGCAAAUUCAGGAGUAGGGAUGGAUCACCUGGAUCUGAAACUUGUAGCUAGCUUUGGCGUGAAGAUGCCUAAUGCUCCACGUGCUGUUUCUAGCAGCACAGCAGAUACUGGGAUGGCUUUGCUGCUGGCAUCUACUAGGAGACUAGUGGAAGACGAUCACGUUGCAGUUUCUUCAGGUAUGAAGUACCGUGAAGCCGAUUUUCUGGGAGUUGAUGUUACUGGAGCUGCUCUGGGGAUCACUGGCAUGGGCAGCAUUCGGUAUAAGAUUGCUCUGAGAGCCAAAGCAUUUGAAACAAACGUUUUGUACCACAACAGGACACGGAGGAAAGAGGAAGAGGAGCAAGCUGUUGGCACACUUUGCAGAAAGACAGACAGCUUGCUCCAGCAGGCAGAUUUUGUGAUGGUGGUGGUGAGCCUGACACCUCAGGCACACAAGCUGAUUGGGAGAAGAGAAGCAGAGCUGAUGAAACCCACAGCUACUCUCAUUAACAUCAGCCAAGGUGCAGCAGUUGACCAAGAGACCUGGCGACAGCUCUGCAGACUGGUGUUCUCAAGGGCCGCAGCUUUGGACGUCACCUACCCCGAACCACUGCCCAGAGAUCAUACAUUGUUAAAAUUAAAGAACGUCAUUAUAACGCCUCACCUUGGCAUCAAAACAGACAAGGCCACCUACAUGAUAACAGAGGAAGCAGCUGAAAACAUACGAGCAGUUCUUAAUGGUCUCCCCAUACCCAGUGAAGUGCUCUCUAGCGGAUCUGGGGUAGGCGCAGGACUGCCUGUAGCCGGGAUAACAGCUGCAGCAACUGAGCACCUGAGCGCGCCCCAGCUGCUCGGCUCUCGAAGGGAGCUUUUGCGGGUGUUCUUAGAAGCCUUUGGGCUGGAGAAGACCCGCGUGUGUGCAAUGAGAUCUGUCACCGGUGUCUGCCGGUCAGGGACCACUCUUCGUGCCGCGUUGACUCACGUGCAAAUGGCGUGA